UCGUUCGGGGGAGCUGAUCUCGCGCUUGAAAAAUCCCUGAUAUUUGAGGCGCUCCAGACCAGGGAUUGCGUUGAGCAUGCGUAGAGCGUGCCCAGUCACCGCAGUGCAGCGACGGCCCCCUCGCAGCAGAGGAAACCGCUGGUGUAGCGUAGGAGUCAUACCAAGCAUAGCCUGCGUGUCAGUGCAGUCGACUUACAGCUGGCUGUGAGGACAACUGACGCUUCUUUUUUUUUAAAUUGUCAAACAAUACGAUUUUGUUGUUGUUGUUUUGAAAGUGUCUGAAGAAGUUAUUUGACUGAUGAAAAAGGUGAAUUUUUGUGUUUUUUGGUAAUUCGAGGAAAGUUAGAGGCUGGGCCUUUGGCUGUUUUGACUGUGGGAGCCACACGCAUACGUCUCAAUUUGAGCAGCUAAAUUGGGGUCUUUUUCCCUUUCUACUACGAUAAAUGCUUCUUACGAAAAUGGAUCUUUUGAACUACCAGUACCUGGACAAAAUGAACAACAAUAUUGGCAUUCUCUGCUACGAAGGUGAGGCAGCGCUGAGGGGGGACCCCAGACUCCAGUCCCUCUCCUUGUCCUCGUCGUCUUCGUCCUCGUCGUCCUCUUCUUCGUCGUCUUCAUCCUCCAGCCACAGGACAGGCCCUCCCCCCAUCAGCCCCACCAAGAGAAAGAUGAGUGGGGACCAAGCCGACAGCGACAUGGACGACAAUGAACACGUAGUCAAGAUGAGCCGCCUGUUCGCCGCACAACUGAAGCCGAACGGAGAGUACCGCGGCAUCAGCUCCAAGGACCGCAGCCGGAGCCCCAUCGAGAGGGUGGUGCUGGGGCCCGGCGCCCUCGGUAUCCAUGGCAACCACCUGUACAGCCACAUCCACUACCCCCACCUGCACCAUCAACACCAGCAGCACCACCAACAGCAGCAGCAGCACCACCACCACCACCAGCACCACCAACACCUGGCCAGCCUGGCCAGCAUGGACCAGCCGCUGGCGCUCACCAAGCACAGCGUGGCGGCGGCCGACUCCACGCGCGGCGGGCCGCUCAACAUGAGCACCAGCGCCGCCCACGCCGUCACCAGCAGCAGCACAGUGGAGCGCCAGCAGAACCGUCCUUCAGUGAUCACAUGUGUGCCGGCAAGCAACCGCAACUGUAACCUUUCCCACUGUCCCAUCUCUCACAACGGCUGCUCCAGUCUCAGCAAUAACUACAAGCGAGCCAACACCAACACGACGCCGUGCGAUCCGGUGAUCGAGGAGCACUUCCGCCGCAGCCUGGGCAAGAACUACAAGGAGCCGGAGCCGGCCGCCGCCAACUCGGUGUCCAUCACGGGCUCGGUGGACGACCACUUCGCCAAGGCCCUGGGGGACACCUGGCUACAGAUCAAGAACAAGGGCAGCCCCUCCUCCAGCAACAGCAGCCCAAACUCCUCCCCCAACAGCCACAUGGUCAACCACAACCACUCCCCCUCGGUGGUCUCUUGAGAAGCCCCCCCCCCGCCGUCGUCGCCACACCCCCGCCCCCAACCAACCCCCGGUCCGUUUGGUCUGUCUCCAGGAGAGAUUCGCUGGCCUGAUGAUCUACCAGACCCAAACCCCCCCCUCGAACCGUUUUCUGGGUUUUCUGUUUUGUUUCUCUCUCUGCACCUGUAGAGGAUCACCUGAGAAUAUGUUUUGUCUGAGCAUUUUCCGUUUUAUUUCCUUUUCUUUUUUUCUUCUACGUUGUGUAACUGCCGAUGCUAAUGCUAGACGCGGUUCAGUAACCCCACAUUUGAGGGGAAUUGGGUUUUGACUUUCUUUUUGGGGGGGUUUUGACUUUUGUAAUCAACAUUUUGGUUUUCUCCCUGUGAACAUUCAACCCCCCCCCCCCCCCCCCAUGACAAGUUUGGAGCCGCGAGCUGAUGUUUAUACCGUGUACAUAACGAGGGGAAGGGAGAUGUUUGAUAUCAUUUUGACUUUGUUUGUUUAACUGUUGUUGUUUUUUUCCUCGUUAGUUUUGAGUACUGCCUUUUUCUUUUCUUUUGCAUUACGAGUCUCUUGAUAUAUUUGGGAAAGAAAGAAUAAUGAAACACCUGGUGAUGUCGGAGAGAAGGAUCACAAACCACCUGAUUGUGCUACCAAAGAAACCUCAGAUGCAGAUCUUAAAAAGCCCCUCCCUCCAAAAGUAGACUCCCUAUGUUUGUUUGUGUGUGUUAAGCCAAGCGAUGUCGAACCAUCCCACACACAAUAGUUACAAUAGCGGUAGUUUAGAACAAAAAAGCAGAACAACACUCCAUCACGUCCUGUAUCCAUUGGACCAGCUCUCGCUGCAUUGUUCAGGAAUGGACUUCUCAGAAUGUCCUCCAGCUAGCCCGUAUAAAAUCCCACCAAUUGAUGGUGGAUUAUAUUAAGGAGAAUUAGGAAGUGCACUACAACCAGAUUUGUACACUUGCAUACACUACAAAAUUGUGACACUUCAUUUUAUAGGGACCAUGUGGACCAAUUGGAGCACGGCCCUUGAGAACGAUUACCCAGGGGGCUGUUCCUUCAGAACACUCCUCAAUAGGGGUCCUGCCUCCUGCGUGGAUGUGGUCAUUAGAUUAAGGUUAAACCCCCCCCCCCUCUGCUAUACACUGUGGUUUUUGGCCAACUUGUACAAUAGGCUUGAAUGAUGAAAGGUAUACUAGUAGUACAUUUGCUGAUGCAUGUUUUUUGGAUUUCUUUCUUCUAAUAGCUGGUAUCUAUUUUACUCCUUUCUUAUUUUGUAGGCGUUUCAAUCUUACAAACUACUCGCUUUCUAAUUCAGACGCACAUUGUUAUUUCACUUAUCGGUAACAGUCGUAGACACUAUACAAUCACUGCUGGGUCAGUUGUACUCAAUUGUAUUAUUAUUAUUAUUAUUAUUAUUAUUGUUAUUAUUAUAUUAUUUUGUAUAAAUGUUUGUUUUCCUCUUGGUAAUAUCAGUAUGAUAACACACAGCUAUAGUCGGAAAGCCUCUGGACAGGCUCUUGUUGGGGGCUGUGUUCCACUCCCCCUUCUCCACCCUUGGAUGUAGCGCUCAUGUCGCUAACAACGUAGCAUCGUUCGCCUGGGUGUUUGGGGGGGGAACGCAGCCUUCGUCCUGGAUUGUUAAGGCGUGGAUCUGUCAGUGGCGCAAGAGGCUACAACCUUCUGCACCGUGGAGCUGGGACAACAAGCUGGGGCCAACUAGUCACUGGCACCUCAAAGAAAACCUUACAGUGGGACUUUACAUCAGCUGUUGUCUGCAAUCGUUUGGGGCACGUUUUUUUUAUUAAAUUAGAAAGAAAAUACUGUAGCAGUACAGGCUAGCUGGCUAGUAAAAGUCAUGUGUCUGAAAUCCAAUCAAGUAGAUGGCGAUGGGUUCAUUGUAACAAUGAGGCGUUUCUUCCCUCCCGUGGGGUUAACUUAAUGGAAUCAUUUCAACAGUGUUUUCCAAUAGUAGUGACGGCACUACUUUCCACAAACUGCCCCAGUGACUGGUUGUGCCCAUGCUUGCAGUGUCCAGAUCUAUUUUGUAUUUUUCAGUGUUUUGUUUUUCUCCUAACAUUGUGUUGGCGCUGCGGGCAAGCAACACUGCCGGUGCCUGAGAUGUAACCGUACUCGCAUGUCAUACAGAGCCUGUAUCAAGGUGGCACACAUUCCUUCUAUAGUGAGCGUUAGCAACCCAGCUAUUAACUGGCCAGGAACCACCGUCCCACGGAUGAAUUGGACUUCUACACUCAACAUACGUUGUUUUACCAAAGCAAAACAAAUACUUUUUGUUAGUACUUUAAGUAAGGCAAUGAUUGGAAUUUAGCUUGGAAGGGGAAUGAGCACUCUGGAGACAAGCUUUUGCAUACAAAAGAACUGUGAGGGACAUCCCCCAGCAACAAAACAUGACGAUUUAUAAGAAACUCAAUGCAUGGCUCCUCCAAGUCUUCCAGAUUCGACGGACUGAGAUGUAUCAAGGGAAAGGAAUUGGGUGUUUGGUGUUUUUUUUUAUUAUUAUUCUUUCUCUUAUCAUUUCACUACCACCAUAUAUCGUAGAAGACUCUUUGUUUUUUUUGUCGGCACACACCUCCCUACAAACUGUAGGAAAAUCACUUAAAAAAUACUUUUUUAUAGUAGGUAACUUUAAGACCAUCAUUACGCUGUGCGUAACGAAUGUACAGAGAAAAAAAAUUGUAGGUAUUUUUUUGAGGAACAAUUAAUUUGUCAAUGAUAUGUAGCUAUUUAAUUUUUUGUUUUUUUUCCUGUCCUUUUACGGUAAUCAUACAAUUUCUUUUUUUGUGAAAAAGUUGAUCUUUUUUUUUAGUCGAUAGGUCUUUCUUGUUAGGAACAAAGGUUAAAUUGCAGGAGCACGGUGGAUGUAUGGGGUGCGUCAUUGACAAUAGCUAUUUCCCUCAUCUCUGUUCUCCUUGUGAGACGUAAACAAUCAGACUUCAAGCCUCCGACUGCUGAUCUUCUGGAUCAGGCAGAGUGGUCGAGGUGGUCAUCUGCCCUAUCACUUAUCUUUCAGGAAUGGACUAGCUACUAGUAAUUGGGACAAAUACUAAAGCUGUUGGUUCUUCCACCUGAAGUCAUUAAGACACACACAUCAUCUGAUCCUCGGAGUUGUUUUAGGAGCCUGUAGUUCAAUUCAUUUGUACAAACAGUAGAUGAUUUAAAAUCCAUGUUUUCCAUGUUCCAUCAUUUUUUUGUACAUGGGAAUAGAAUGGACUUGGUUGCAGUAGCAUUCGAAACUGUAAAAACGUUGUAAAAAAUAAAUCAAAACAACAUAAAUCUGUGGCUCCGAGUCUCCUACUGAAAAAGGUUUUGGCAGGCCACCUUUUUUGUACGUAAAGUAGCCUUGAUAAACAAUAAAGUGCUCUUAAACCAC